UUUCGUUUCAGCUUAUAAAGCAGCUGAAACGCAGCAGUCAGGGUGAGACGAGAUCCGAUGAUUUAGAGCCAACUCUGGGUUACGAUGAUGUCCGUCUGCUCAAUACUGCUCGCCGUAGCAGUGUUCUCAGAGCUGAACAGGCUCUCGGUAAUCAUGGCCGUGCCUUCCGCUAAAGUUGAAGAUGGCGCUCCAGAACAGGAGGUUAUGGACCAGAUUCUUGGUGACGAGACCCUGACUGAGCCUGCUGUGGGCCCCUCCAUGUACAGACGGAGUCUGAUGCUGGACAACAGCAUGAAGGAUGAUGGGAUUCCAAAAGUCAUCAUUAUACCAAGAGGACACGGUGUUCGUGAGCUGAACUCGGCCUUCACCCGCAGCGUACCUCGGCUCUCAGAGAGAGGCUUGAGCCACCCUCCUGGAGAGCUCCCACUGAAGAUAGAUCAGCGAGAUAAAGACCUUGACACCAGCUUUCCCAGCAUACACGUCAUGCAGGAGGGCGCUAUCCACAGUCCCAGCUACACUGUGCCAUGUGACGACUACGUCCAUGUGGUGGAGUUCAGUCCCUUCAGCUCGGGUACCCCCGUCUCUCUCCUGGCUUACGGUGGGAACCAGUAUGUGGUGGUGGCCACCUGCCUCUUCCAGGAGGAGGAUAUGGAGGUGGAGGGAGUUGAAUUCAACAUACUUCGAGCUUUUCAUCACGAGUUGCAAGUCGAAGUUUUGGCUUGGAGUCCAGAGUCUCAGCUGAACAGGAUACCUACCAUCAGAUUGUGCACCGCUGCAGCAGACAGAAAACUACGCCUGCUGACUUCUGAUCUUCAGGAGCGGCACGAAGUCAAGGCGAUGGAGGGCCACACCAGCUACAUUAACCAUUUGGUGUUUGAGCCCACAGAAGGGAAACAAAUCGCUUCCGUCAGUGAUGAUCACACUUGCAGGUUGUGGGACCUGGAAGGGAAUGAGACGUGUGUUCUGCGACUUCGCUCUCCGGGCGUCAGUGUGUGCUGGCAUCCAGAGGAAAUCUGUAAGUUAAUGGUGGCAGAGAAGAAGGGGACGAUUCGAUUUUAUGACCUGGUCACCCAGCAGGCCAUCCUGUCACUGGACUCUGGACACUGUGGACCGCUGAUGUCUGCCGACUGGUGCCUCACCAACACGAUCAAAGUCGGCGGCGUGGCAGGCACCGACUGGCUCGUCUGGGACAUAACGCGCUCCAGUUACCCUCAAGAGAAACGGCCAGCCCACAAAGACAAAGCCCGACUAUUCAAGUGGUCUCUUGCUAAUGAGAACCUCUUUGCAACCACCGGCCUUCCUGGUAAAAUCAACACGCAGGUAUUCAUCCACCAUCUUGGCCACCCUCAGCCCGUGGUGAUUGGAUCGUCCACAAUCGGAUCGGGCCUCAGCUGGCACCGGGCGUUGCCGCUCUGUGUGGUCGGGGGUGACAGGAAACUUAGCUUCUGGAUGACUGAGAUGUAGUUGUGUCCUGCAUGCAUGUUCUCUUUGUGUUUUGCCGAAAUUGUCGAUUAAAAGUAUUUUUCUGAAUGUUUA